AUGAAUGACCAUCAAUCAGAGAUAAUGAAACUGCAAAAAGUAAAGCUGGAAGACACUGAUCAUUGGUGUUUACUAAACCAAUAUCAAAAGAUUGAGAAACUGACUGGAACUGAACUACUUUGGAAGCCUUUCAGAUCACAGCAGAAGACAACUAUGACUUUUUCACCUAUUGUACUUAUUGUCUGGUUUCUUCAUCUGACCAGAUUGCAAGGUUGUAAGAAGUCACUAAUCUCCACAAGAAUUGUUGGAGGCCAACCAGCCUCUGAGGGAUCAUGGCCCUGGCAAGCGGGCUUUUCACUACUCAACGUAACUUUUUGUGGUGGCACUCUCAUAAACGAGAAUUGGGUGCUGACGGCUGCUCAUUGCUUCAUUUGGAUCCCUGAAGACAUUAAAGGAAUUUUUGUGGGUCUAGGUGACCACCAACUCACGAACCCUUCAAAUAACUCAGAGAAAUUUGCCAUCCGACAGAUUAUUCCUCAUCCUAACUACACAGGAAAUGACAAUAUGUUUGACAUUGCUUUGGUGGAGCUAAACAGCACUGUGAAGUUCACCAAAUAUAUCUUGCCUAUGUGUCUCCCAGAGUCUUCUGUAAAGUUCCCUGACAAUACCAGCUGCUGGGUCACUGGAUGGGGAAGUACAACAUCUAGGGGUGACCUGAACCCUCUCCAAACCCUUCAAGAAGUGGAAUUGUUUAUCAUCAAUACAGAUAUAUGCAACUCAGCCUACAACCUGCUCAAUAUUUCAAUAUUGCCCCAUUCCCCUGUCAUGCCCAGUAUGAUCUGUGCAGGUAGCUUUAAUGGGGGCAAAGAUUCCUGUCAGGGUGAUUCUGGAGGACCUAUGGUUUGCAAAUGUGAUGAAAGUGACAAUUGGCUCUUGGCUGGGAUUGUGAGCUGGGGGGCAGGUUGCGGCAUGGCUGGUGUGCCUGGUGUCUACACUUCAGUAGCAUACUAUGCUGAUUGGAUCCAGCUUCACAUACCCCACAUAAAAUUUUCAGAGUGCACACAUGAAAGUAAUAGUGUCAGGCACAGUACCCCUGCUUUUAAUGAAGGGCACAAUACCCCUGCUUUUAAUGAAGGGCACAGUACCCCUGCUUUUAAUGAAGGGCACAAUACCCCUGCUUUUAAUGAAGGGCACAGUACCCCUGCUUUUAAUGAAGGGCACAGUACCUCUGCUUUUAAUGUAGGGCACAGUACCCCUGCUUUUAAUGUAGGGCACAAUACUGUGCUUUUUCUGAUAUCUGUGAAAUUGAUCUUCUUCUGA